AUGAAUUAUGUAAUUAAAUAAACAGAAUAAUUUUUGAGAGCACUCAAAACAUGUCAUUCUAUUGAUUAGAAUUUAAAUUGUUACUUCUCAAAUAAUGGUAUAGAUAAAUAUAUUAAAUUUAGGAAUUCUAUUAUUAAGCAAUUAUGAAUAAUAUGAAGAUGUUGAUACUAAAAAACCCACUUUUUUUUGUUAUUUCAAUUCUAAUUCAUUUGAAUCAUUUCAAACCAAUUCCAUUCAUUAUAAAAUGCCUCAAUCUUUAGCUUCAGAUCUAUAAAUCAAAUUAUAAAAACUCAAUGCCUUAUUAGAUAAAUUAGUCUUUGAAAUUAACAUUUUAUAACUAUACACUAGUCUAAAACCGUUUAAAAAAUAAAUUAAAAAAAUAGAGAUUUAAGUCUAUUACACUAUCUCACAAUUAAGAGUUAUACAAACAUUUAAAAUGAUUGUUUUUUUCAAGGAUUCAUUUUUUACUAUAGAAUGCCCAAUUAUUUCUUAAUAAGAAUAAAUCUAACAAAUGGAAUUGAUAAGGAAAUAUAUGGAAAAUAGAAAACAUUUUGAUUUAUUAGAAGUUGAUUCAGAAAUCUCAGAAUACUUAAAUGAUUUUAAUUAAAAAGAAGCAAUUUAAUUAAUUUUGAAUAGAAAUAGCUUAGAAAUUAAUUUAAAUAGCUAAAAAUAGGAAACAUCUCUUGUUUUAAAUAGUGGAUUUUUAACAUCAUAUAAAUUUGAUGAUUUUAUAAAUACUUAUAAAAAUGUUAAUACUAUUAGCAUAGAGCCAAAUGUAUUAACUCCUUUUCAUGGAUAUGGAUUCAAAAUAUCAAUUUCAAAAGAUAUAAAUCAAAAGCCCAGAUUAUUUAUUUCUUAAGAUUGGCAAGAUUAAAUAAGUAUGGUAUUGAAAACUAUUACAAAUCUAAUUAACAAAAUAAAAAUCAUUUCAAUUUUAGAUGAUGAAAAUAAUGAAGAUGAAUUGUAUAAUUUAUUUCGUUUUCAAUUUUAGACUUGACAUAAUUGCUGAAUAUUAGACUGAUGGAGUAUAAGUAUAAGAAUUAUAACAGCAGAACUAACAACAAUUCGAAGAAUAAUAGAUCAGAAAAAAAAUAAAAAUGAAUUUAAAAAGUUGA